AUGGCGGCUGAGUUCGAGGCGGAGAGGGUGGCCGCUGCUGACAAGCUCUUUUGCGAGGCGGAGCGGCGCGGGCUGUGGCAGCUUGACGAGCGCGGGCUGGGCUCCUCCUCGUCCUCCUCCCAGCGGUCGCUCGACCUCCGCGGCUUGCCGGAGGGGGUGGCUCAGGUGGGCACCCUCCACUUCUUCCAUCAGCUGUCGCAAGGGGUGGACGAUGCCGACGGCCCCGCACCGCCUCUGCCCUCUGCCGAGCCGCAGCUGGCUGGAGGCGCCGGGGGCGUGAGGCUAGUCGCGGGCCCCGACGAGAUGCGCGACUGGGAGGCGCAGAGUAUCCAACGCUCGUGGCUCGAUACUGUGGUUGCAGCGGUGUCGCCGUGUCUCACGCCGCCCACGACGCCGCUGCCUUUGGAUCCAAAGGCAGCGCUCGCGGCGGACGGCCCACCGCCAGCUACGCCGCCGCCCGAGCCGACUUCUCCCGCAGACUCUUCGACGCUGGAAGCGGCCGCCGCGCAAGAGCCGCCGAAAACUCAACGGCGGCAGCGAGCUCGCUUUCUGACGCCCGAGCGGCGGCUGGCGCGGCAGAGAUCCGCCGCGCCGCCCUCUGCUUGCAGCGCCAGCCGCGGCGAGGGCUUCUGGCACGGCGUGGUUGCCUCUCUCGUCGGCCAAUCGCCCUGCAAACCGACGGGCGGCCAAUUGAACGGCCGAUCGCCCUGCGCACCCAGCGGCGCGGGAGGCGAAGGCGACGGCGGCGGCGAGGCUCGCGGCCUGGCGAACGCGCCGCCCAAGCGUCAGGUGGGCACCUCGGUCUCGGGCGGCAGGCGGCUCGUCAAGAGCAGGCCUUUCUGGGAGCUCGCCCUCGAGCGGAGGGCAAACCCGGCGCAAGCCUGCUCGGCGAACGCGAACUCGGCCGUCCCACCACCCUCUAUCAUGGCGACAUCGUCGGCCAUGCCGUCCGACUGCUUGCCGGGGGAGGAGUACCGCGAGGCGGGGGACGGGCCGCGCCGCACAGUCCUCGUCAGCUGCAGCGACCUCGUCUUCCAGUGCGCUCUCAACACGGCCGACCGGCGGCUGCGCUCGCUCAACAGCAGCUUGAGCGCUGGAAAGUUGCCUCCUGCGGAAGCGCUGGAGCGGCUGUACGAGCUGGUGGGCCGCGCGGCGGUGGAGGCGGCCGCAGCGGAGCUCAUGUUCCCGGAGCGAGGCAGGGAGGAAGAGGAGGACCUCGACGAGAACGACGACGGCGCUCGCCGCGAGUUGACGCGAGCGCACACGAGUGACCUCUCCGGGUCGGAGGAAGACCCGGAGGCGAGCGAUGCGGCGCCUCCCAUGCCCCGCCCCUACGGCCUCGCGGCGGCGCGCAUGUGA